AUGAAUAGUUUUUACAUCCGAGAAUAUAUUGAAAUAGACGAGAACAAUGCUGAUUGGACGAAAAUCGACUACAAACUUAGGCAUGGAGCGCGAAUGAUUGUUAUAUGUGUCGACUUUUAUGAUAUCUAUAGUACACUCUAUAACUUGGCAGUCCGUAAUUUAUCCGGAUUUCGUUUCAUUAUUGUGAUUAUUUUGAAUAAACCACCCGAUGAAGUACUGAACCAACCAAAUGUCAGGAAUCUUCUCUAUGGAGCCAACACUUUUAUAAUUUCUCCACGCCAAGAGCAGUUUUCUGAUGCAUUCAGUAGUAUGCAGCGUGUGGUUCCCACACUGUCGGAUGAACAGUUCACACAAUUCCUUCGAAUCUAUCAAGCAUGUUACGCCUAUUGCGUGGGCUCGAUGUAUGGUGUUGAGACUCAGACUAACAACUACCACGUCGCCAUGAGCGGAAAGAUUGUAUCUAGUAAGUGGGAUGCUCUAGAUAUUACUUCCAAGCCUUCACAUUCAUUGAAAUGUUUCGAAAAAAUUAUUGAACUAAUACCAUUGGCGAUUUUUCUAGCUAAAUACGGAGCAUUUACAUUUGACAAAAGUGGCUCUGUACUAACCGACUAUGUGGUCUAUACAGUCAACCCAGCUGAAAUGACCUUCGAUGCCGUUCUGACGCUGAAGUCAACACCGAAGGACUGCGAUACAUACAACUGCUUUAGCUUGGCAGAAACGAAAACGCCUGACUUGCUUUGGAGUCUAAGAGAUAUGGAUCCGCCUGACGAAUGUGUAGCGCGAAAUGCAUGCUCGAAUUACAUUCCGUCCUGUUGUAAAGUGUAUUUUUUGUUGCUCUUAUCUAUCAUUUUCUCGAGAAUAAUUCAUUUCACAACAAAAUACUGUCUUCUUCUCGCUCCAAAUUCCACAAAAUUCGAGCUCAAUUCCAAGAAAACAUUGAACUUCAAAGGACUGCGAGAUAUACUAUACGAGGUGAAGCAAUUUAUAGUAUAUUACUUGCAAUUCUCUUGGUUGACCAUCCUAUUUUUAUUUGACAAAAAGCUACCAAGAGAGUGUCAGAAGGACUUCCUUGUUGAUGAUAAGCCACUCGAUUGGUAUUCGAGGUUGAAGCUAUAUGUGAGAGAAUAUCUUAUUAUAAAGAAGGUUUUUUUCUCUUUUUUGUAUUCAAAAAUUCAACAUAACUUCUAA